AUGUACCAAUUUCUCGACCCUACCCGUGAAAUUCGCACUAGUGGAAUGUUUCUUGUUACUUGCUUUCUUGUCUUGGGCAUAGCGACCGCGUCGCAAGCGGCCUCAAUAGAUACUUGUGGAUACUCAGAAGGCGACCCCAAGAACCCCCGAACGGCAGAUCCUGGCUUCGACUGCCGCGUAGACGCCAAGAAUGGGCUAUGGGGAUUCUGUCCAACAACUGUAGCACUCCCAGUGGAUUGUGGUCUAGCUGGAUCCUAUGAGUACAUUGCUUGUGGAGCAAAAGCUGGAACCGACAGGCUUUUCCCGUCUCCAAACGCCGCAUCAGCAACAACAACACCAUCGAGCCCCACAUCUGUACCUAGUACCUCUUUCACCAUAUCCAUCUCGCAAUCGACACCCACGCCUCUAGAAACAUCUGCGGGAUCUGCGGAGACAUCUGUCACAACAGACCCGAUUUCCAUUCCUUCUAAGCAAGAGUCAGCGAACAUUGGAGCUAUAGUAGGGGGUGUCCUUGGAGGUCUCGCAUUAAUCUGUCUGACCAUUCUGGGAACUGUACUCAUACGACGCAAGCAUGGGGCUCAGGGGAAAGCGAUAUCGCCGCCAGAUCAUACCCAUUACGAUCGGAACGGAUUCACAGACAAUGUGCCGCUUUACGCGCACGACUCCGAAGACCUCCAGAAGUACUAUCAUCGGGAGGAUAGUCAGGGUCCGGUGGAGAUGUACAGUGGGCCUCAUCCCGUCAAUGUGGAGCCCGUUGAGCUCCCGGGACAGGUGCAACUUAUGGACACUACGAGGGGAAUAAAAUGA